CGCCUGGCAAUCUGAUGCACCUCCCGUCAGGGAAGAAUGGUACGCCAAGCCUCAGAGAAUAUUACCCCGUGCAAGUGCUCGUCAGUCGAGCUCCCGCACCUCGCAUAUGCACCGCACAGCAUGCGUACGUAUCACAAGCCUCAUUCGUUCCCGCGUCAAUGUCGUUGAACAGCAGCAGCAGCAUCCUCUUGGUGGCGAGGAAGCAGGCACCUGUGAUGAUUCAAUUUUUUCCAUACAUGUUAGACUACCGAGCCCCUCAUUUGCAUUGACGAGGCAAACAAACGCAACUGAUCAUUCCUGCAUUCCUGGGCAGCGGAUGCACGCGCGGCAUACCAGUUCAGCUCGUGUGGCGUGAGCUAGAGGCGGUUAGUAGGACGGCGAGCGCGAGCUCAAAGUGAAGGAAGGACGCGAUACUGCUGCUGCUGCUCUCCCUACCAAAUCUUUCUUUUUAAAAGAUGGCGGGCGAAAGUGCUGACCACGUUUUGCCCUCUCUACUCUGCACCACAUGCCUGUGGCUCUCCAGCACAACGCGCAAUCAAGCUCAAAGGCAAAGCAGACGAAGAAUGCGGCGGAGCCACACCCGCUUAUUGGGCGCUCUGAAUGCGCAUCGCAGUCGAGGUAUCAGCACACUCUGCCCCCGUCGGUUCCAGGGAUGUCCAGAUAGCUCCCUGCGUCACGCCGCGUGUCAUUCUCGCGUCGUUACAUUCCGCCAGACGACGCUGGCCGCUCAUAUCUACAUUCGCAUCCACGCACAGCACAGCGCAUGCAUGUACGCGAGAGCCAUUUGCACCGAUGACAAAAAGUGUGUAUGAUAACCGGGAAGCCUUGUGACCCGUAC